UAGUUUUUUUAAUUUUUUUAACUUUUAAUCGAAAAUUGGUACUAUAUAGUUAAUAGCAAACUUACAAUCCAAUACAUAUACCGACCAAGUACUAUAAUAUCUAAUUUGCUUAUUGUUCAAUUGUUCAAAUAUAUUGUUGUAUAAAAUGGGUAGCAAUCACUUCUAACAUUGUAAACCUAAUAAUUAUUAAAAAUUAUGAAAUUUCGAGGAAAAAUAAUUGAUCCUCAUUGUAUGAGACAGUUUUAUAGCAUAGUUAUGAUAUUGUCCAAGCUAUGCAAGAAUGUAGUAAUACGAUUAAGUGAAAAAAAACUGUUUUUGAUUGCACUACAUGAAUCAGCUGCUGCUAGCAAUCAGAUCAGCGUAUGGUCAGUUUUGGAUCAACAAUCAUUCUUCAAAGACUAUACUAUGAGUGGAGAUACAGAAAAAAAUGAAAUAUUUUUUAGUUUACCAAUUGAUAUGUUAGCAUCUUCUCUGAGUUCUGCUAAGCAAACAAAUUCAGUAAAAACACUAAAAAUGAAACUUACAGAUAAACUUUCGCCUUGUUUAACGGUUGAGCUAGAAUUGGAAUCUCUAGUUUCCAGCAAGCAGUUGUGUGUUCAUGAUGUUCCCGUAAGUGUUAUAGCACCAACGGAAUGGUCUGAAUAUAAUGAGCCAAAUAUACCAAGUCCUAAUAUAAGUGUUAUUUUACCAUCAAUAAGAGUAGUACGGCACGUCAUAGAUAACAUGAAACGUAUUGGCCCUAGGUUGAUGGUAACAUUGAAUACUUCUGGCAAGAUGAUUCUGGGUAUAUCAAAUUUGUUGUCCACAGUUGACACUCAUUUUAGUAAUCUUGAAGUAGUCAACCCAAAAACAUUAUAUGGCGAAACGAAAUAUUCAACUUUAGUAGACAUAAAGAAAUUUUCUCAGUUUUUAAACUGUGAACCCUUGAAUUUAUCAAGAAUAUUAUGUCAUGUGGUAAAAGGAACAUUAUUGCACUGCUCGAUAGAGGAAGACGAAUUUGUAUUGCAUUAUUUUUUAAGUGGAAUUGAUGAUUAACAGUAAAAUAUUAUAAUUUUAAAAAAAUAUUUAUGACUAUCCAAAUUCCAUGUUAUAGUGACAUUUCAGUGAAAUAAUUAUGUAUAAAGAUCAAAAAAUUUCUAAAAUUAUAAUUUUGAAAUUUUACUGUAGUAUAAAAUUUCAAUAACCCUGUGUUACUUGUUCCUAAUAUGAUGUGAAAAAAGCAAUUGAUCUACUAACGAAUA